CUUGAACAUCGCCUUUGUCACGCCCUGCUGCCCACAUUGAUUCACGGCCACAUCAGCUCACUUCCCUUUGCCAUGAAGAAGCUAUUUGGCCGCGAUAAGGCAAAAACCAAGCUUGCACCUUCGGACAUCGGCUCAGGCAUACCAGAUAGCUAUUACUCCGUUGCUAAUGUUGGGCAGGGCAACGAGAAGUCUCGGUCGGGCACUCCCCAACCCUCUGACGAGCACUGGCACGUCGUCGACAGCGAUGCUCAAUCGUAUUCCGUUCGUUCCACAGUCUCCGCGUCCUACUCUCCUCCACUAGCUUCAUCUAUACCCUCGCAUGCUUCGGCCCCGCGUCCUCUUGCGUCGCUCGCUCCAGCAUCGUCCCCAGCGACUCAGAUGAAGCAAAGUCAUAAGGACCGCGAUCGGGAGCAACAGCUGCUGCGCAAGAAAGUACCCAACGGUCAUGGUCAUGGUGCGCUGGCUGCUGUCGGCAUCCUCAAAGCUCUUGAUCCACAUCUCGAAGUUCACAAUCCUCCUGAGCCGUCUGAGGACAGCAUGACAGAGGUAUCGUUUCGCGAGGACAAGAAAGAGCGGAGAGGGUUUUGGGAACGAAAAGAUAAGGAACGAGAGCGAGAGAAAGACAGGGACCGCGAGAGGGAUCAUGACAGAGACGGGGUUCGAGAGCGAGAGCGUAGAGAUGAGGAGCCGCCUGCUGAACUUACGCGUAUCAUUGGCUACCUGACGGCAACAGCUUCGGAAGAUUGGUCGCUCGUUCUGGAGGUAUGCGAGCGGGCAUCAUCUAGCGAGGCUAACGCCAAGGAAGCGGUCAAGGCGCUCCGCCGUGAGUUCAAGUAUGCCGAGCCGUCUGCUCAGUUAUCCGCCGCACGACUCUGGGCGAUCAUGCUACGCAACUCCUCUGCCGUCUUCACGCAUCAGUGUGCUUCCCGCAAAUUCCUCGAUACCCUGGAGGAUGUCAUCACGUCGUCGCGAACGUCGCCUGUGGUUCGCGAGCGUUUGCUAGAAGUUCUAGCUGCUGCUGCGUAUGCGAGCUCAUCUGGCAGCAAGGAGGCUGCCUUCCGUUCACUGUGGAAAAAGGUCAAGCCCGCGGACAAGCCUGACGAAGGUAUUCCGAUCGACACAGGCGACGCGAUGUUCAAUCCCCCUACCCCGCAACAUCCACCCCCGAAAACGCCGACUCCGCCUGAUCCAUCAUCGCUUGCUGGGUCAAGACCUCCAGCAACGGUGACGCCACACAAAACCAGAACCUCCUCUCGUAACCAGGUCAUUCCUCCAGAGGAAGACAUGCGUCGCCUUUUCCAGGAGUGCAAGGUUGGCCGUGGUAACGCCUCUCUGCUGUCGGAGGCGCUUGCAUUCGCCAGACCAGAGGAUCUGAAGCUCAAAGAGAUCAUACGAGAGUUCUACGCACGAUGCCGUGCGUCGCAAGAACUCAUCUCCGCACAGAUUCCAUGGGCCUUCGCUCAAGCAGAGCGGUCACGCCAAGCAGCAGGACGCAAGAGUCAGCCAAAUGGCUUGACACGACCCUCGUUGGAUUCGCGUGGUCCGCGGCGUACAGACUCACAAGUCUCUUUGUCCACAAUAUCAUCUACGGGCGAAUUGACCCAGGAAGAGCAACUGCUUGCUGCGUUGUUGGCUGCUAACGAAGACUUGAUGGAGGCUCUGCGCUUAUACGACGACCUUGAACGUGUCGGUAUGGAGCGUGAGGCAGAGGAGCGAAGCCGGAAAGAAACUAGAAUGGACAGAACCCGACUGCGUUAUGAGGAUGUCGACCAUUCGUACCUAGAACCUGGAGAAACUCACGCUGGGGCAUCAUCAUCACGUAGUCCAUCCCCGUCAUCUCCUUCGCUGUCCUCUGCACCAUCAUUCGUCAUUACAACGGCGUCGCCCGCUCAUGCACAUCCCCUGCCUCCUAUCCCUUCUUCGAAUAACGCGACGCCAACGGCGAAACACCAUCAAGCGCCCCCCAUCACUACCCAAGGUUCUGUUCAAUCCCUUGCUCCGCCUCCUCAUGCGCCUCUAGGACCGCGUUCGCCUGCCCAUAGCGCCGGUGGACAAUCGCGGACACCUUCGCCGGAGCGUGCUUCUUUGCGGCAAUCCAUCCCCCGCAGCUCACUCGACUCCACUGCUGGUUCCCUUGCCCGCGACAUGAACAAACUCGGUGUUCAAAGCAGGGACAGUCAUGGAGAUGACGUACCGGGGACGCUUAUCAGGCCUAGUACGAAAGCCCUUGGCAAACGACGGCAGAUCGAUCCGCCAGAGUCAGAACGAGGUUUCGAUCCUGACGAUAUCUUCUACGACAACGCGGACGAUCAGUCCCGUCAGAACGACGAGUCCCUUGAGUCUGAUUCGGACGACGGACAACACCAUCGAUGGCACCAGCCUGUACACUAUGUUUACGACGCCGCUGCAGAGCGCACGCAGGAGCGGAUCCGACAAGGGCGAAUCGCAGAGUCCGCUCUAGUGGGCGGUGUACAUUAACCCUGUCAGUUUCUGGGAAGGUUGGAGAGAUAUCUCGUUACGCCCUUGGGCCACUGUUGCCUGCGACCCGCCAUGUUGUUGUUUAACUUACCAAAACCACCGCUAUCGUGGAUUGCGGUCAUGUUGUAGUCGUGCAUCUGUUGUCGAUUCAUGCAAUAACUUAUUAUUCGGACGGUGGAUUCUGUGUACUUACAUGUUCAGGGGAGGUGUCGAAGAUAGGGCUUAGCGUGUACGGUAGAACUAUAUAUACCUCUAACUUACUUACGUUCA